GCUGCCAGGGCCGCGCGUUCUCCGGCCGGGGCCGGGGCGCUGACGGCCGCCUCCCGCCGCGCCGUUACUCAGCACAGCCGGUGUCCCCACGGCCCGCCGACCCGGCAGUCGGGAGAGAGCGGGGCCGCCGAGCGGAGCGCCAGGUGCAGACUAGAAGAUGAAUAAUCUUUCCUUUAGUGAACUGUGUUGCCUGUUUUGUUGUCCACCAUGCCCAGGGAAAAUUGCCUCUAAGCUAGCAUUCUUACCUCCUGAUCCCACAUACACACUGAUGUGUGAUGAGAGUGGCAGUCGCUGGACUUUGCAUCUCUCAGAGCGAGCAGACUGGCAAUAUUCUUCCAGGGAAAAAGAUGCUAUUGAGUGCUUCAUGACUAGAACAUGUAAAGGCAACAGGAUUGCCUGUAUGUUCGUGCGUUGCUCACCUAACGCCAAGUACACUUUGCUCUUCUCACAUGGAAAUGCUGUUGACCUGGGUCAGAUGAGCAGCUUUUAUAUAGGACUGGGUUCACGGAUUAAUUGCAACAUAUUCUCCUAUGAUUAUUCUGGAUAUGGCGCAAGUUCUGGGAAGCCUACGGAGAAGAAUCUCUAUGCUGACAUUGAUGCUGCUUGGGUGGCUCUUAGAACAAGGUAUGGAAUUCGCCCUGAAAAUGUGAUUAUAUAUGGCCAGAGUAUAGGAACGGUACCAUCUGUGGAUCUUGCUGCUAGAUAUGAAAGUGCUGCUGUAAUUCUUCAUUCUCCACUGACCUCAGGAAUGCGAGUAGCUUUUCCUGAUACAAAGAAGACUUACUGCUUUGAUGCAUUCCCAAACAUUGACAAAAUUUCUAAAAUAACAUCUCCUGUCUUAAUAAUCCAUGGAACUGAAGAUGAAGUAAUUGACUUUUCACAUGGCCUGGCAUUAUUUGAGCGUUGCCAGAGACCUGUAGAACCACUGUGGGUAGAAGGAGCAGGCCAUAAUGAUGUGGAACUCUAUGGACAGUACCUUGAAAGAUUGAAACAUUUUGUGUCACAGGAGCUGGUGAACUUGUAACUUUCAUUGUGUAUUUACAUGUUUUUUUUCAUUUCACUGCAGAACUGCACACUUUGAUAAAUAUAUAACUUAAAACCUGAAUGUUGUGUUUUCAAAUCAUCUUGGUUGCCUUCAUUAAAUCUACAGGUAAUGAUUUGUCAACAUAAUUAAUGAAGGUUUUAAUGUCAACAUUAUAAACUGGAAUUACAUGAUCAUGCAGUCAGACUGGCAGUUCGUAUUUCUUUGUGUGAGGUUUUUUCUUCUUAGAUGCAAAGAAAAAAAUCACAAGGAGUACUGUAAGAAAAUUUAAUUAUAUAAAACCAAAUGCUGUAAAAGUGUUGCCAAGUGCUUUAGCAUAUCAAAACCAAGUUUAUAAAUAUUUUUUAAACAUCUCAAAGUGUACUGUGACUUACUCUGUUGCACAGGUGUAAUUAAAAAACUGACUUCUGAACUGUUGUUCUGUAAAAAUGUAAUAGCCAUGAAAUUUGAGCAAAUACUAAUGUAUGUAAUGAGAAUAAACAGUCACUGGAAAUUACUCUUGCCCUGUUACAGGGAGAGAGGGGAAAAAUAGAUCUUUUCCCAUAUUUUUUAUUUCUUUUGUGCUUAGUUUUCCUUUAGUUAUUUUGUACUCGUAUUGCCUAUUAGCUUUCAGGAUAAUAAAAUGUACCCACUCAUGUUCUCAGGAGUCCUAAUCUUGCCAGAGUAAUUCUACAAAUUAUCAUUGUUGUAAUGCAGGUAUCAUUCACAUGAUUGCUACUGAGGCCACAAAAUACCUCUUUGAAACCAGACUUAAAACCUAGAAGACUUCUUGAACCAUGUAGUUUUAAACACUGAUUUUCUAGAGCCACAACGUGUCAUUAAGAAGAACCUUGAAGCUUAUCCAACAUUGUAAUAAAGAGUUUGCAACAUAGCAGUUGUCUGAUCAGGCUAAUUUUGGAUGUUUAGUGUAAAAGCUUAUUGUUUUUGAGUAUUGUAUGGAAAUUUUACUAAUUGGGCCUCUGUGGGGUGGGAGGAGUGACAAGAAGAGAAUAUUGACAUUUUUCUAUUAACUCAUUAUAAAAUAAACUUAAGUUGCCUUUCCCUUGAAUGCAUUUUACAUGAAUAAAACUAUGAAAAAUAAACUUCAUUAUAUGUGGCCUAAUUUUGAACAAAAUAAUAUUCCUACAAUACACACUGUGCUUUUAAGGCCUUACAUAAUUUAAUUGUUGUGCUUGUUUUUGUGAUUGAGACUAUUGUGUACUUAAAUGUAGUUUUGAGUAUUGUGAAGACUUUGGUUAAGAUGUGUUGAUUAACAGUAAACAAUAUUCCACAAACUUGCAGUUUUUUCUUUUUAUUCAAAGUAAUAGCAGCAGUUGCUUGCAGUAUCAAAAUACUUAGCAACUCCCCAUUUAUUCAAGGAAAUCUGACAUCAAAAGCAAUAACUUAUUGUUCGAAAUUGCCAGCACAUUUCUUUAUCAGCAGCUACUGUUCUGGAUCACCCUUCUAUCCCCAUGCCUCACCUUACUACAAUUUGCCAUUCAGGACACAGGCUUUCUGCUGCAAAGCUGCUUGUAAACUUUUUUUUCUGUAACAAAUUCUAGUAUCUCCUUCUUUGAAAUUAAAAUGAAUUAUUGUCUUGUGCACUUUGAGUUAAUUGA